UACGGCGCAUACGCCCGUGCACCACUUCUGCAGAGCUUUUUGGCGUCCGUCGUACCACCGCUUCCCCUCUAGCUCCGCCCUGAUAUUUCGUCGAUCCACAUAUAAAAAUCCUGCUCUAUCUGCUCUCCGUACUCAUUAUCUCCCUUAGGACCAGCAAUCAUGGCCGCCGCUCCUAUCACAUCGCGUCUGCAAUGGUUCGCGUCGCAAGACACCAGGCAGGCCCCCGUGCCUACGGAGGAGACCAAGUUCCACCGCAAAACGUCUAUCAUUGCGACCAUUGGUCCCAAGGUCAACAAUGUAGAUAUGCUGGGCAAGCUGGUCCGCGCCGGCGUGAACAUUGUCCGCAUGAACUUCUCGCAUGGCUCGUAUGAGUAUCACCAGAGCGUGAUCGACAACACAAGGAAGAUGGUCCAAGCCAACCCUGGAAUUCGUCCCGUCGCGAUCGCUCUCGACACCAAAGGUCCUGAAAUCCGUACUGGUAACAUGAGGAACGACCAAGAUCUCAAAAUUCCCGCUGGCCACGAAUUCACUGUCUCCGUUGACCGCAAGUACUAUGAAAUCUGCGAUGACAAAGUGCUCUUCAUGGAUUACGCGAACCUGCCCAAGGUCACGGCUCCGGGCAAGCUGAUCUACGUCGAUGAUGGAAUCCUGUCUCUACUCGUUCUCUCCAUCGACGGCACGAACGUCCGCGUCCGUGCUCUGAACAACGGAACCCUCUCUUCCCACAAGGGCGUCAACCUCCCCAACACUCCCGUGGAUCUCCCUGCUCUGUCCGACAAGGACAAGGCUGACCUCCGCUUUGGUGUCAAGAAUGGCGUGGACAUGAUCUUCGCUUCAUUUAUCCGUCGUGCGGACGAUGUCCGCGACAUUCGUCAGGUCCUUGGGCCUGACGGUGCCAACAUCAAGAUCAUCGUCAAGAUCGAGAACCAGCAGGGUGUCGACAACUUCGACGAGAUCUUGGCAGAGACCGACGGUGUCAUGGUAGCCCGUGGUGACCUUGGUAUCGAAAUUCCUCCGAGCCAGGUCUUCCUUGCUCAGAAGAUGAUGAUCGCCAAGUGCAACAUGGCGGGCAAGCCCGUCAUUGUCGCCACGCAGAUGCUGGAUUCCAUGAUGAACAACCCUAGGCCGACACGCGCUGAAGUCAGCGACGUCGCAAAUGCUGUCGUCGACGGCGCUGACUGCGUCAUGUUGUCCGGCGAGAGCGCUAAGGGUGCCUACCCCCUCGAGUCUGUGCUUAUGAUGGCUGAGUGCUGCCUGCUCGCGGAGUCAAUGAUUUGCUAUCCUCCUCUCUAUGAUGAGCUUCGUUCCGCCUCGGCUCGUCCCACGGAGACUACUGAGACCAUCGCUCUCGCGGCCGUCGGCGCGGCUCUCGAGCAGAGCGCCAGCGCCAUUGUUGUUCUUUCCACGAGUGGGAACACGGCUCGUCUCGUCUCCAAGUACCGCCCGAACGUCCCUAUCAUUACCGUUACGCGCAACGAGCAGACUGCUCGUCAGAUUCACCUGAACCGCGGAUGCUAUCCCUUCUGGUACCCUGAACCGCGUGGUAUCGAGGCUCACCAAUGGCAGACGGACGUCGACAACCGCAUUCGUUUUGGUCUGCGCAAUGCGCUGAAGAUGAACAUCAUCAAGCCCGGCGGAACCGUUGUUGCUGUGCAAGGCUGGAAGGGUGGCUUGGGUCACACGAAUACGCUGCGCAUCCUGUCUGUGCCCACUGACUCUGCUGACCUUGAGAUGCAGCCGCUGGGCCUGUAGAUUGUUUGUUGCUGUCACUGUAUUUGCGUUCUUGGGGCCGUUGUCAAUGUAUGAGAGCAGAGAAUAGAAGCUAAUGUAUAAAUGUACUGCAUUACCUGCGCUUAUUCCGACGGGAUGACUGGGUCGAGUGAUCUUGAUUC